AUGCUAGAUAGACUCGCCUUCACCCUGAUCAUCACGGCCGUGGGUGCUGUCGCUCAAGCGACCUUGACUGAUGCCACUGCAACGGUUAUGGGCAUCAGGUUCAUCGCGGCUGUCUCACCGUCUGGCACGCCAGACGGCAUUCUCAAGUACAUCCCCAGUCCUGGCGGCAACUACUUUGUCGGUGGCCUUUACGCCGUAUAUGCAGCUGUUCUCUUCUACUACAUCUUCCGGCACAAAGACCAAUGGGCUCUGUGCCUUCCGUUCGGAUGCUUCUUCUCUGCAAUCGGUUACUUUGUGCGUCCAUCCAUCGACCCUUACAACGUCAGCCUUGGCUUGUACAUCAUCCAGAGCAUGUUUGUGGUCAUCUCGCCAGCCGCUUUCCUCGCCUUCAACUAUCUCUUGUAUGGACGCAUGAUCUUGGCGGUAGAUAAGGAGUUCGGUAGCUCCGGAAUGGAUCUGCAAGCGAUGGAGAGUCAGCCACUGACUGCUGCCGAGAAGAUCACGAUGCUGCACAAGGCUGGAGGGUCUAAAAGGGAAAAGUCUCGCUAUUCUUUCAUCCCGCCACGCAUCGUGGGUCGAGUCUUCGUUUGGAGCGAUGUGGCUACGUUUUUGGUCCAAGUCUCCGCUGGUGGCAUGCAGGCUAGCGGUGGAGCUGAGAACCCCGGCUUGACUGAGAUCGGCGACAAGCUUUUCCUAGUCGGUGUGAUCCUUCAGGGUGUUUCGUACAUUCUCUUUACACUUCUUCUGACCUAUGCCACCAUUCUGGUGAUGCGGGAAGGUGCGCGCAACAAUGUCGGACAAAUGGGAGACCGAAAAAUUAUGGGCUUGGACAAGCCGGUGUUCGCUCUUGUUGGCGGACUGUACUUCUCAUCCAUCUUUGUCAUCAUCAGGUCCUUCUAUCGUAUCAUCGAGUUCUCGCAAGGCUACAGCGGCUACCUGGUGUCGCAAGAGAUCUAUCUAUUCGUACUGGAUGCCGCGCCGCUCCUUCUGGCGGUUGGUAUUUGGGUGACCAUGUGGCCUUCUGCGCUGCUUGAGAAGAUCUUUGAAAAGAGAUUCUCCGGCGAAGGGGCUUACUCUCUUCAGAAGACCUCUACUUAA